AUGCAUGGAGCCAACAGCUCCAGCCUGACACCAAGAUACUUCAUCCUUAAUGGGAUUCCUGAACUAGAAGCCUUACACACUUGGAUCUCCCUGCCAUUCUGCUUCAUGUACAUCAUCACUGUCCUGGGGAACUGUGGGCUCAUCUACCUCAUCAGCCAUGAGGAGGCCCUGCAUCGGCCCAUGUAUUACUUCCUAGCUUUACUGUCCCUUACAGAUGUUAGUGUGUGCACUUCAUUUGUUCCUAAUAUGUUAUGUAUCUUUUGGUUCAACCUCAAAGAGAUUGACUUUGAUGCCUGCCUUGUGCAGAUGUUUUUCAUCCACAUGCUGACCGGUAUGGAGUCUGGCGUGCUCAUGCUUAUGGCCCUGGACCGCUAUGUGGCCAUUUGCUACCCUCUACGUUAUUCUACCAUCCUCACCAACAUGGUAAUUACCAAAGUUGGGUUUGCCACCUUCAGUCGAAGUGUGUUGCUCAUGAUCCCAUUCACUUUCCUGAUUAGGCGUCUUCCCUACUGCAAGGGCAACCUCAUUCACCACACCUACUGUGACCAUAUGUCUGUAGCCAAACUGUCCUGUGGCAACAUCAAGAUUAAUGCCAUCUAUGGUCUCAUAGCUGCCAUACUGAUAGGAGGAUUUGAUAUGUUCUGUAUCUUCAUGUCUUACACCAUGAUUAUCCGUGCUGUAGUGAAUCUGCCAUCUUCAGAUGCUCGGCACAAAGCCUUCAGCACCUGUACAUCACACAUAUGUGCUAUUGUCAUCACCUAUGUCCCAGCCUUCUUCAACUUUUUUACUCAUCGUUUUGGGGGACGCACCAUACCUCACCAUGUUCACAUUUUUAUAGCCAGUCUCUACCUGUUGUUGCCUCCCACCUUGAAUCCAAUUGUCUAUGGAGUGAAAACCAAGCAGAUCCGUGAAGGAGUGAUCAAAUUGUUUUUAGAGAGAAAUAUUUUGAGGAUGAGCUAA